AUGAAAUGGAAAAACAAUGCCACCGGAGAUUACUGGAAGAAGCACUUUGAAAAGCUGUCGUCACGUCCAGUUUUGAAGAACAUGAACGUUCACUCCAAGAGCAGCGGCAAACUGGUCUGCAAAGUUGUGUAUGAGGGAGACAAGAAUGAUUCAUCAUCGAGUGGUGAGCAAGUCGAAAAAGAUGUCGUCAUGGCAAAUAUUCCAUUGUCCAUCAUGGUUUUGCUUCUGACUCAGUUCAAUAAUUGCGAAUUCGAGAACAGUUGCAAACAUUGCAGUCGUCGGUCACUCGCGAACCCGAAGCAAACCUCAAAUACGUGUGAACUUUUCAUGUUCCACUGGGGUGUGGAUGAUGCAGAAUCGGAUAAUGUUGUGGAUGACCGGUGGUUGAGGAGCCCAAUGCUCUCAUCAGCUGCACUUCAAGGACUCUUUACAGUUGGAGCAAUCGCAAUUGAUUGUCUGAAGCAGCAGGGGUUGCUGAAUGGGACUAUUGGUGAAUACGAGUUCAUACCAGGAUACGAACGAACUACCGUUGUAGAUAUACAUGGUGAGCUACAUCAUCAACCAGAUGCUGACCUACCAGUCUAUUUCUUUUGUUUGCCACUUUGUGUGGAAGGUGCGAUGGUGAGAGCGUACCACCGACCAUCGAGAACCCAAAGCUACGUUCAUAUUCCAUUUGGCAAGUUUGCCCUCUUUCCGAAUGGCACAUUGGCUCUAUCAACUGGAUAUGGAAACUUAGGAAACAGUCGAAUCGUUGGUUUGUUGCUACCAAAGAGCAACCAAACCCUCCCAAUGUACAUUCCAAUAACGGAUGCAACACCAUCAUCCAGCAAGGAGGAUCCUCGACGAGCUUGGCAGAAGAACGUCAAGAGGAUGGAAAAGAACUAUGCUACAAAGGUGAAUGGCUUGUCCUUCUCGGCAAAACAGAUAUCCAGCGCGGCUUUUCAGACAAGUUCUUCGAUUGCUCAUGUUUUGGAGCAUUUGCUGAGUCCACCAUCUGCGCUGCAGUCCUCAGCAUCAUUGGAAGAUCUAACAAAUGUCAGAAUUCCGUCGCGGAAGGAAUCUGGAGUCGAGAUCCUUGCACACGUUGCCACUCCCUCCAAUUGGGUUGAGUUGUUGCUACAACGGAGCGAACACAAGAGCAACAAAGACUUGAAAGUAGUUAUCAUGAUUCAUGAAUUCUUUGGUCUAACGGAUUCCAUUGUGGACAAGGCAAAUGGAUUGGCAAAAAAUGGAAGAAGUGCGCCGGGGCGACCAACCACAGCAACAAGCGUUUCAACAAUGCACCAAAUUCCUGAGGAAAUUCUUUGA